AAAGAGGGAGAAGUGAUGAUUGGAGGAGUUUUUUCUAUUCACAGCAAAAUCUCUGAACUUACACUUUCCUUCACAGAGACACCACCUCGACUCACCUGCUCCAGCGUCAACUUGAGGGAAUUUCGAUUUGCCCAAACCAUGAUAUUUGCAAUCUCGGAAAUCAACCAAAACACUCUCCUUCUUCCAAACAUUUCUGUGGGCUACAGAAUCUACGACAACUGUGGCUCCACGUUGUCCUCGAUGCGAGCAGCUAUGGCCUUGAUGAAUGGUGAAGAGCUGACGGGAGGACCGAGGUGUUCCGGUCAGUCUGCUGUUCAUGCAAUCAUUGGAGAGUCUGAAUCUUCGUCGACCAUCGUGCUCACACGCACCAUAGGCCCCUUCAAAAUACCAGUGAUUAGUCAUUCUGCCACGUGUGAGUGUCUAAGCAGUAGGGAGGAUUUUCCGUCCUUUUUUCGAACCAUAGCCAGUGACCUUUACCAGAGCAGAGCCCUUGCUCAUCUGGUCAAGCACUUUGGAUGGUCCUGGGUCGGGACAGUCAAUAGUGACAGUGACUACGGCAACAACGGCAUGGCUAUUUUUCUUGCCGCGGCCAAAGAGGAGGGUGUGUGUGUGGAGUACACGGAGAAGUUUCACAGAGCGCAGCCUGAGAAACUGAUGAAGGUGGUGGAGGUGAUACAACAGAGCACCGCCCGCGUCAUCGUGGCGUUCAUGGCUCACGUGGAGAUGAACAAUCUUCUGGAGCAAAUGAGUUUGCACAACAUCACCGGUCGCCAGUUCAUUGGCGUGGAGGCGUGGAUCACGGCCGACAGUCUGGUGACUCCCAGCAGCUUCAGCGUGCUGGGAGGUUCUCUGGGCUUUGCUGUGCAGAAGGCCAAUGUCAGCGGUCUGAACGACUUUUUAAUCAGAGGGUUCUGGGACAGAGAGUGUCCCGUGGGAAAAAAUGUGGUACCGACAGAAUUUUGUAAAAACAACCAUGAUUUAAUUAAAUUCAAAGAUUAUGACGACGAUGUGUCAGAGCUGCGGUACUCGAGCAACAUCUACAAAGCCUUGUACGCCGUGGCCUUCUCUCUGCACAAAGAGCUUCACUGCUCUGGGAGUCAGGGAUGUGACACGACCAGAAAGAUUACACCCUGGCAGGUGGUGGAGUCUCUGAAGCAAGUGAACUUUUCCAUUAAGAAUGGAGAACAGGUUUGGUUUGACAGCACUGGUGCAGCUGUGGCUCGGUACGAGGUGGUGAACUGGCAGCGUGGACCAGAUGGGUCUGUCCACUUUAAACCUGUGGGUUACUACGACGCCUCGCUGCCCAUGGGACAGAAGUUCCUUCUCAAAACUGAAGACAUAGUUUGGCCUGGUGAAAAAGAAGAAGCAAACACUCCUCCUGUGUCGGUGUGCAGCACCAGCUGUAAUCCAGGAACUCAUAAAGUACUGCAAAAAGGAAAACCUGUUUGCUGCUACGACUGCGUGCCGUGUGCAGAGGGAGAAAUCAACAACAGCACAGAUGCCAUUGGAUGCAAUAAAUGUCCUGAGGAGUACUGGUCCAAUCGACGCAAAGAUAAAUGCGUCUUGAAGAUUGUUGAGUUCCUCUCCUUCACUGACGCGAUGAGUCAAAUCCUGGUGUUCUUCACUCUUUUUGGAAUUGUCCUAACUGUAGCUGUAGCUGCACUUUUCCUCCACAAUAAAGACACUCCGCUAGUGAAAGCCAACAACUCAGAGCUGAGCUUCCUGCUGCUCUUCUCCCUGACUCUGUGUUUCCUGUGCUCUCUGACCUUCAUCGGCCGACCGUCUCACUGGUCCUGCAUGCUGCGACACACGGCCUUUGGCAUCACCUUUGUUCUCUGCAUCUCCUGCGUCCUGGGGAAAACCAUCGUGGUGCUGAUGGCUUUUAGGGCCACACUUCCAGGCAGUAAUGUCAUGAAAUGGUUUGGACCAGUUCAACAGAGACUCAGUGUUCUGGCUUUUACUCUCAUACAGGUUUUAAUCUGCGUUCUGUGGCUCACCAUCAACCCUCCGUUUCCCUUCAAGAACAUGGAACACUACAAGGAGAAGAUCAUUCUGGAAUGUGCUCUGGGUUCCCCCGUGGGCUUCUGGGCUGUGUUAGGAUACAUCGGACUCUUGGCCAUGUUGUGUUUUGUACUUGCAUUUUUAGGCAGAAAUCUACCAGAUAAUUUCAACGAGGCCAAAUUCAUCACCUUCAGUAUGUUGAUCUUCUGUGCAGUGUGGAUCACCUUCAUCCCAGCAUACGUCAGUUCUCCGGGGAAGUUCACUGUGGCUGUGGAGAUCUUCGCCAUUUUAGCCUCCAGUUAUGGAAUACUUUUCUGCAUUUUUGCUCCAAAAUGUUUCAUUUUAGUCUUUAAACCUGAACUUAACACCAAGAAACAUCUGAUGGGAAAAGGAUAAUCACGAAAAAAGAAAAACAAACAAACAAACAAAUAUUAACUGAAUAUUUGUAUUUAAUCAAUAUAUAUAUAAUUACUGAAACCUACACUGCCAGACUCCUACUAUGCAGACAGAGGUAAAGACCUACAUUGUUCAAAUACUACUGAGUUAGAACGG